AUGACUCAAGCAAUGGCCAGAUGUGGUGAUGAAAAUAACCUUUCAAACUCAGAUGAAAUAGUCGAAGUUUACCGAACAACAGUAAACGAUGAACAUUGCGAACCAAGAAGAUUUCUUCCUCCAAAACAAAACAAGCCUAUUCUUCUUGCAAGUUAUCCUGGAUCUGGCAACACAUGGAUAAGACAUUUGAUAGAAAUUGCGACAGGAAUAUAUACAGGAAGUGUGUAUAACGAUGCUGAUUUAUAUGAAGGAGAUAUGCUGGGAGGAUUUUUGUCAGCGAUUUCUGGAAGAACCAUCGUCAUCAAGGAUCAUCUGUUUGGACUUAAAAUCUCAAUUAACUACACGAUGGACAGUCUUGCUUAUACGCAACCCGUACGAUGCGACAUUAGCCGAGUUUAUGAGAAUGAAUACUCAGGGCCACAUUGGAGUUGCAAACAACGAUAUAUUUCGAAAACCAGGUUUUAAAGCUUUUUGCAAAAACCAACUACCAUCUUUUUGGUUCGGCAUCACGAAAGUAGUUUUGAAAACUUUUGUGGACAAAGUUGUUGUUGUUUACUUUGAAGAUCUGGUGAAAAAUCCAAUAAAAGAAAUACGUCGUAUUGUUGAAUUCUUACCUAAAGAAAUUGUUGGAUCGGACGAAGAAUCGUUUGAACGGAGAUUAAUGUGUUUGAACUUGGAUUUGGCAGGAAAGUUCAAACGACCGCCACGAAAACUGAACUUUGAUCCUUUUAAUGAAUUACUGAGAGGAGAAGUUGACAAAAGUAUUGAAAACAUGAACGAAUUAUUGCUUGAGCGCAAUCAUCCUCCAUUGCCUCAUUCGUAUUUUUUACCAUAUAAUGUGACCUAAGAUCAAUUAUUGUGAUAAUUCCCAAGUUAUGUUAUUGCUGGGAUUUAAAUUUUUGCCAUUCUUCAUUAGCUUUUUAACUGCUUGGUCACGGACUCGAAAAAGAUAUUCGUGAAGAGAUCAGGUCGACAUAACGUGAUCCAGGUCGGUUCUCACUUUUAUGUACUGUCUGCCACUUAUAACACUCUAUCAUCAUCGCAAUAU